AGCCAUUGCGCGCUCGCCGGAGAGCUGGGUGCCACUGCUGUUUCCGCUGGUGAGCCCUGCCGGACGGCCGGCCCGCUCGCUAGCUCGCUUCCCCUCGCCCAGGGGGAAAGGUCAGCAGCGUCCUGGAGCCGCCGUGUCACUCCCCAAAAGCCAUGAACUGCAGCGAGAGUCAGCGGCUGCGAACCCUUCUGAGCCGCCUGUUGCUCGAGCUGCACCACCGGGGUAACGCCAGCGGCUUGGGCGCUGGCCCUGGCCCCAGCAUGGGCAUGGGGGUCGUGCCUGACCCUUUCGUGGGCCGCGAGGUGACCAGCGCCAAGGGCGACGACGCCUAUCUCUACAUCUUGCUCAUCAUGAUCUUCUACGCCUGCUUGGCCGGAGGCCUCAUCCUGGCCUACACCCGCUCCCGUAAGCUCGUCGAGGCCAAGGACGAGCCGUCCCAGGCUUGCGCCGAGCACGAAUGGGCCCCGGGAGGCGCCCUGACCGCCGACGCCGAGACUGCCGCGGGCUCCCAGGCCGAGAGCCGCCGCCAGCUUGCCUCCGGGGGGCUGCCUGCCCUCGCCCAGGGCGCUGAGCGGGUCUAAAACCACAGCCCCAGGUUGCUGGUUCGCGCCCUCCUCAUCUCGCUCAUCCCUGGGCCGCCUCCCGCCUUCCACCCCCAACUCCCUUCUAGGGUUCGCCUCAUCUGAGGCCCAGAUAAUGGUGAGAGGCCAGGAGACCUUGUCUGGAAGGCCCUGGAAGGAGAAGCACCACCUUACCCAUUCCUGGCCAGUUUCUCCCUCUUCACCCCUGCGCCUCCACCCCUACUCCGCACAUCCAACUGCACUAAACUGCCUCUGUUCUCUUGUCUUCAGACAGCCCUGACAGCACGCUCCAGCCCUCUGGGAACUGAAUCCAACAUGUCCAACACUUGGCACUGAACUGAAGCAAUGCAUUCUAUCAGAACUCUGGGCCGUCUAACUGGCAGCUGCUCCAGGGGCCAGUUACUUGCCAGGCCGACUGUAGCAGCUCCAGCUUCCAGUUGCCUUAGGGACAGAGACAAAGGAAAUGAAGAGACCUCAGACAUCUUUUCCCUCCCUCUCUCUUUCAGCAGGGAGCUAGCAGGACACUAGGACCAGUCUGUGGGAUAGAAUGAACUUAAUGGGGGACGGAAGCGGGAGGAGUGCUCAACGGGGAGGGAAAUGAUCUAUGACUCCAACUGUAUGGUUUUCUUGCCUCCCCAGUUUUCAUCCCAGUGGUAACGCCUGAUUUUUGGUAGCUAUGCCAUCUUCUGCUGAGGGUUACCAUUACUGGGUGUAUCACCCCAGUACUUCCAAAUGCCUCUCCUCUAUUGAUUCAGUUGUUAUUGCAGUGUCUGCUUCAUCCGUGGAACUUGAGGCUCAGAUGUCCCCUGCUCUGUAACCCUGGGGAAUGUCAGAGGCAGGUAAUAAAGGUUGUUUAAACAAUAA